GUAGUGGAUGAGUAAAGCCAGCAGGGGACAGUAACGCAACUAAAAGGAUGUGAACUGCCAUAAAACCCCGAAGACGAAGAAGUGGCGACGAAGUACAGUAACAAGCAAUGAAAGGUUAUUCCAUAGUGACUGGGUGGAGCGCCAACAUGCAGAGUUUGGUGGUGCAGGCACUAGCCAUGAGGCAGCUAGGAAGGCUGAACCCUCGCCACCUGCUGGCUGCUGGAUAUGGACUGAGGCAGGCUGAGUGGUGCCCCAGGGCCAUCCACACACGCCAGCUCUGGGGCUGUGCAGCUUUCCCCACACUUGGCUGUCACGGGCCUGCUGUCCGUGGCAGAGAUGCUCUUAGGAGUUGGUCUGUCCAUCAUCUGAGGUUUAAAAGCAACAAGAAGAAAGGUGCUGCUCGGGCGGCACAGGAGGAAGAUGAGGAAGAUAAGGAGGAUGAAAAAGACCCAGAGGACAGUGAUUAUGAAGAUGAGGUGGAUGAGAACCCAACACUACCUAAAGACUAUAAAGACGUGGAGAAAUAUGUGCAGUCCUUUCGAUAUGAUGUCAUCAUGAAAGCUGGCCUGGACAUUGCACGCAAUAAAAUUGAGGACGCUUUCUACAACAACAAGCUCAGAAUAAAUGGACAGAGACUCAUCAAGAAAAGUAAAACGGUGAAAGUUGGGGAUACCUUGGACUUGGUAUUGUCUGAGAACCAAGAAACAAACACCGUUACUCUGAUGAGAGUCAUCCCCCGGAGAGUUUUAGGUCAAUCGAGUAACACAGAAAACUACAAAGUUGCCAUGAGGCGCUGGAAAAGGAUAGAGCUUUCCAAGGAUGAGGCCUUUAAGCCCUGAACUUUAAUGGGACAGUAUUGACUGUAAUGCCAUUGGUCAGCAUCCCGCUUUCAAAUGAAUGCAUUUGAAUAGAGUGGAGUUUGCUGUCUUUGUAGACAUUAAGCAGUUGGUUGGGGGAAAGAUUUAAAAUGUUUAUGUCUCCACUAUACUGUGAGACAAUAAAGGUGCACUUGGUGCGAAGAGCACAUGACAUGUUCUUGAAGUUUU